AUGAUUCAUUUUCCGAAAGAGGCCAGGGAGGGUAAAAAUCCCCCUGAAGAGGAGAGCGCAGUUUCAACAAGUAAUAAUUCUUCCGUCUCUAGGUCAAGAGUGUCUAACGUUUUACUUCUAACUUGCAGCGCAUAUGCUAGCAAUCCUAAGGAUGGGAGAGGAAUAAACAAAUUUACGAGGAUUUUAUGCGAUAACGGAUCAGACCGGAGUUGGAUUCGGAGAUCCUUAGCAGAUUGUUUAAAACUAAAUUCCAUCAGAAAGGAAAGACUGUCGGUUUUUUCUUUUGGUUCAGUAAGGCCCGUUGAGAAAAUUUAUGAUGUAGCCGAGAUAAAGUUAACAAAUAGAUAUGAUCCUAAUAAAAUCAUUCAGUUUGAAGUUUUAAUUACAGAUACGAUAACUGCAGCCCCUAACUCUGUUCCAAAUGCAGAUAUUUUAAACACUAUGCGUUCGCGAGGAUUGAUUUUGGCCGAUUGUUUCGAGAGCGAUAUACAAAUCGAAGUAUUAAUUGGCGCAGAUGUAUUUUGGCAGAUCGUCGACUCUACGAGAUUUGAGAAAAUAAACAAAACAAUUACUUGUGUUCCAACGGUAUUUGGUUUCGCGCUGCAGGGAACUCAGUUAAGUGAUUCACAGUGCUUAAAAAAUGAAGUGGCGUCAAAUCUCUGUGUUGCGGCUACAGACGUUCAGAUUUUGUGGGAACUCGAAGCAUUGGGAAUAAAAGAAAAAGAGGAAUUAAAUUCGGUAGAUAAGGCUUUCGUUGAAGAAUUUGAGAAAGGAUUAAAAUUCGUAGAUGGGAGAUACGAAACAAAUUUAAUGUGGAAAACAGAUCCUAAUGAGUUAGCGAACAAUUUUACGUUAGCUAAAAAGCAAUUUGAAGAGUUAAAAAGGGUUUUAAAUGAAAACGAAUGGGUUGCAAAUGAAUAUAAGGAAAUUGUGAAUGAGCAAGUUAAAAUGGGAAUUAUUGAACAGUGUGAUAGGGAUAGUAAGGAAUAUUUUAUGCCCCAUAGAGCUGUCGUCAGGGCAGAUAAAGAAACAACCAAAGUUCGUAUUGUGUACAAUUGUAGUUCUAAAUCAAAGGGUAAUUUAUCUCUUAAUGAUUGUUUAGAAACUGGCCCGAAUUUAAAUCCAAAUAUACUUGAUAUCAUUUUAAAUUUUCGUAAAUUCAAGAUAGCUUUUAAUGCAGACAUUGAGAAAGCAUUUUUAAUGAUUGGUAUUUCCGAAAGAGAUAGAAAGUUUUUAAAAUUUCUUUGGUAUUCAGAUAGUUCUAGUGAGGAAUUUAAAUACAUGCAAAUGAAAAGAGUAACAUUCGGUUGCAAACCGUCUCCGUUUAUUCUAAGUGCUACAAUUAAGCAUCACAUUCAAAAGUUUGAGAAUACACACCCUAAAUCAGUUGAGAUGUUAAAAUCUUCGCUGUAUGUUGAUGACUUGUAUUUUGGUGGAAAUAGUGUGAACGAAGUUUUAAAUUUGUCAUCUGAUGCUGUAACUAUUCUGAAGGCAGGAGGUUUUAACUUGAGGAAAUUGAGGUCUAACAGCAAAGAGUUAGAAGAACUAUGGGUGCAGACGGGACUAAAGGAACGGGAGUCGGUUGAUGUUAGCCAAGUGAAAGUGUUGGGGUUAAACUGGAAUCCAGAGCAAGAUGAGUUGUCGUUGGAUCUAAAAGGGAUAUUUAAAGGAUUGAAAUCAUUGAAGAACAGUAAGAGGUGCGUUUUACAGACUGCAGCUAGUAUUUUUGAUCCGGUUGGGUUGAUUGCUCCGUUUGUUGUGCGUAUUAAGUUAUUGUUGCAGGAAAUUUGGGAGAGAGCAAUUGAUUGGGAUGAAGAGUUGCCAGAAGACUUGGGGGAAAAAUGGGUGAAGUGGUGUGGAGAAACUGACAAAAUGAGUGAAAUAAAAAUUCCUAGGCAUUGUUUAGAAAGCUGUGUUGGUGAGAAGGCUGAAGUACACGUAUUUUGUGAUGCGUCAUUGAGGGCGUAUGGAGCUGUUGUAUAUUUCAGGUUUCAUGAUAAAUAUGGGAACUAUAAGGUGUCUUUUGUGUUGUCAAAGAGUAGAGUAGCACCGCUAAAGAAAUUAACGUUACCUCGCUUAGAGUUGAUGGCUCUUGUGAUAGGUUCUAGACUGGGAAGUUAUCUCAAGACAGUUUUCGGAGACAUGAUUCAAAAUAUUGUGUAUUGGAGUGACUCUUUGAUUGCGUUGUACUGGGUAAAGGGUUGUGCCAAGCGUUGGAAAAUGGUUGUAGCAAAUCGUGUUUUGGAGAUUCAGGAGAAGUCGAAUCCCAGCGACUGGAAAUUUUGCCCCUCGGAAAAAAAUCCAGCAGAUUUACUAACUAGAGGAAUUUCAAUGGAAGAUCUGUUGUUGAAUAAAUUGUGGAGGUUAGGACCAGAUUGGCUUCAGGAGAGUUGUGAAGGAUGGCCGGAGCAGGUGUUCAAAUCUGCAAGUUGUGACAAUGUAGAGGUUUUACGGGAGAAAAGAAGUGAAGUAACUAAUGUUAUGGUUGUUCAGGUGGAACUGGUCGAAAAUUUGUACAAUAGAAUUUCGGUUUGGAGUAAAUUGCAAAGAAUUGUUGCAUGGUGUCUUAGAUUUAUUAGAAAUGCUCGAGGAAUGAAAGUUAAUUCUUCAUUUCUUCAAGUUGAUGAGUUGCGAGAGGCGCAUGACCAAGUAAUUAAAGCAGUACAGAGAACUGUGUUUAGUACUGAAAUUGCAACUUUAGAGAAAGGGAAAGUUUUGAAGUCUGGAAAUUUGUCACAGUUAAAUCCCUUCAUAGACAGUGAAGGCCUACUUAGAGUUGGCGGACGUUUGAAAAAUGCAAAUUUGGCAGAGAGUGUAAAGCAUCCUCUUAUAUUGCCUAAGAAACAUCCUGUGACUGAAAUGGUCAUAAGAUACUACCAUAUAAUGUAUUUACAUGCAGGUAUACACUUACUUAGUGCAUCAAUUCGACAGAAGUAUUGGAUCGUGUGUGCAAGAUCUGCAAUUCGUAAAGUAGUGAGAAACUGUGUAACUUGUUGUAGAUUUCGUUCGGAAUUUUCGCAACAAAUAAUGGCAAAUUUACCGUCAGCUAGAGUGAAUCCUGGAAGAGCCUUUUUGAAAUGUGGUACAGAUUUCGCCGGACCGUUUCUUGUUACCCCUCGUCGUGGAAGAGGAGUUAAAGCGUUAAAAAUGUACGUGUGCAUAUUUGUGUGCUUUAUUGUUAAGGCCGUGCAUCUUGAAAUAGUAAGCGACCUAAGUACUGAAGCGUGCCUUUCAGCUUUGAAGAGAUUCAUCGCUCGCAGAGGAAAACCUCUGGAAAUAUACAGUGACUGUGGUACCAACUACAUCGGUGCGAAAAAUUAUUGGAAAGCGUGUUCAAGAGAUCUUGGUCAAUAUCUAGCCGAUGAAGGUGUGUCGUGGAAGCUGAACAUUCCAUCAGCUCCCCAUUAUGGUGGCCUCUGGGAAGCCGCAGUAAAAGCGAUGAAAUUUCACUUGCGAAGAGUAAUGAAAUCACAGAUAUUAACUGUUGAGGAGUUUUCUACUGUCUUAGCUGAAGUAGAAGCAGCGCUGAAUUCCAGACCACUUGUUUCUGCAUCAGAUUGUGCUGAUGACUAUUGUGUUCUAACACCUGGUCAUUUUCUCAUUGGCUCGGAGUUAAGGAGCGUACCUGAGCCUGAUGUUACCAAUGAGAAAAUUAGCAUUGGCGAAAGAUAUAAACUAACAUCACAAAUUUCACAAUCCUUCUAUAAAGCAUGGUCGAAGGACUAUUUAACGCAGUUGCAAGCGCGCAACAAAUGGAAAACCCCAUGCGUGGAUUUGUGCUGCAAUGACAUAGUGUUAAUCAAGGACGAGAAUUUGCCACCCCUCAAAUGGAGGAUGGCAAGAGUAACUGAAACUAUUGACAGCAGUGACAGCAGAGUACGUGCUGUAACUUUAAAAACAUCCACAGGUGAAUUGAGAAGACCAAUUCACAAAUUGGUUAAACUUCCUAUUGAACAUAAAUGA